GCGUCGGGUUUUGAAAAUCUCUGGUGGUAUCGAGGAGGUGGGGAGCUUGAGGUGGGAACUGGUCUUGUGUCUCAUCCUGACCUGGGUCAUCUGCUACUUCUGCGUUUGGAAGGGUAUCAAGUCAACAGGAAAGGCAGCCAUCUUCACAGCCACAUUUCCCUUCAUUAUGCUGUUGGUUUUGUUCAUACGUGGUGUUACCCUACCCGGGGCAAUGGAUGGGAUCAUUUAUUACCUCUACCCUGAUAUCACUCGCCUUUCAGACCCCCAGGUAUGGAUGGAUGCUGGCACUCAGAUCUUUUUCUCUUAUGCUGUCGGCUUCGGGUUCCUAACCUCUCUUGGGAGUUAUAACACUUACAACAACGACUGUUACAGGGACUGUUUCUACUUGUGUUUACUGAACAGUGCCACCAGCCUUUUUGCGGGCUUCGCCAUUUUCUCUGUUUUGGGUUUCAUGACAUACGAACAAGGAGUGGAUAUUUCUGAAAUAGCUGAAUCAG